UGGUCGAUUACAACUAAUUGGAAACGAGAGGUCACAUUGGAGCAAUUAGACCGUGUACCAGGCGAUUGCUAGCCAGGUAGCCAGCCAGCGGCCUGGAGCCAGCAGUCUGCCAGGGGUUAAGGGCCGACUCCCUCCCUCUCCGACCGUGCAGCCCGAUCUGCCCCCAGGUUGAUCAGCAUGACAAAGCACUGGGGGGGUCAGAGCAUGCUGGCACCACCCGCUCUCUACCUGCACUGUCCUAGCCUGGAAGGCCACUAAGAUCAUCAACUUGACUUCCAGAUCCAUCCUCUGAGCAACACAGCGCGGAGCUCUCCAGCCCAACACUGGCCCUACUGCCCAAUCCAGGCGCCAGUCCGACAGCCUCCACGGCUCGAGAAGCCUGCCCUUGACCAAUUCAGCCUGGUCUCAGCGCCCAUGGAUAAAGCGAGUCCGCUAGACCAGGAGAAAUCUUGGGACGAAGAGAAAAAUGCGAAAAGUGGAAAGAAAAAGAACUAUCAGCGCUACCCCAAACCACCCUACUCCUACCUCGCAAUGAUUACCAUGGUCAUCCAAAACUCUCCAGAGAAGAAGCUUACUUUGUCUGAGAUUCUAAAGGAGAUUAGUACACUUUUCCCUUUUUUCGAAGGGAACUACAAGGGCUGGCGGGACUCAGUGAGACACAACCUCUCUUCCUAUGACUGCUUUGUUAAGGUAUUGAAGGAUCCUGGUAAGCCCCAGGGGAAGGGCAACUUCUGGGCUGUGGAGGAGAGCCGGGUGCCUCUGGAGCUCCUCAAGAGACAGAACACUGCCGUGUCGCGCCAGGAUGAGACCAUCUUCGCCCAGGACCUCGCCCCUUACAUCCUGCAUGGGCACCAACAUAAGCCAGACGCAGAGCCCCCGGCCCCACCGCCACCAGUCACUGUUCUACCCCCAGGCCCACCUGUCACUGCUCUACCCCUCUUUCCCACCAGACAACACUCCCCCCUUCAGGAGGAGCUGUACCGGCCCAAGCUGGACUCGUCCUUUGCCAUUGACUCCCUCCUCCACAGCCUGAGGCCGGCCAUCGCUGCAGGAGAGCCUGGCAGGGACUGCUGGGGGGUGGAGCUCCACACUCGUCCACACCCUCGCUACUCCUCCACUGCCCGCAGCGCCUCAGCCAGCUCCGCCAGCCCCGCCUCCUCCUCCUCCGAUGAGGACUGGAGGGGCGUGUCGCAGGGAGGGAAGCGGGUGCCUGAGGGAGAGGCGGGAUCAGAUGGGUACGAGGACUGCAGACUCCCUCCACACAAGUCUGCCCGCAGAGUCUCCGCACCUCCCUGGGAGCUGCCCACCUCGUAUGCCAAGUACACACCGCCCAACGCUGUGGCCCCGCCCAGCAUGCGUUUUAAUGGGGGCCCUCUGAUUCCACUAGGGAUGCCUCUGUAUGGCUAUGGGGGGUCUCCUGUCACAUCCAGCCAUUUUGUAGGUCAUGCCUACUGGCCCCUCUUACCCAGCGGGCGCCCUCCCCUCAUUAUGGACUUGGACGCUAUGCUCCAGUCAGUACCGCCCAAUAAGAGUGUGUUUGAUGCGCUGGGUCCGCCCAAUCAGUCGUCUCACCAGCCUGCUGGUCAGUAUACCCUACAGAGUGGGCCCCCUCUCAGGCGUCAUCCCCAUUAUUGACUAUGACUUUCAAAUCAAACCAGCACCAAAUAUAUUGUAAGUGCAAUGCAAGGAUACUACUGACCUAUUCGUACAAGCUUAACUCAUGGCUAGAAAUGUGUCCACCCUAUCAAUCUGUCACUUCUAAUUGACAGGUCAUAGUAUUAAAUGUUUACAGAAGACAAUUGUACAUUGAAAUGUGCUACUAACAUCUAACUCGACCAUACAACCACUAAUAUUUACCUCAAAUAUAACCACUGUUUACCUCCGUCUUAAUACAGGGAUUUGUUUUCACUAUUGUAUAUGUUAAUUUUCUUUUAAGAAUUCUUUGUUGCAACUAUUCAAUGUUUUUCAGUGGAUUUUUUUUUCUCCCCUCCUGUCUUUAUGGUUGUAUUUAAGAUUUAAUUGUAGAACUGCACAUCAAGCCAGGUUAUGGAAAGAGCAUUAUUGAAAAAGUUUACUUAUCUUUUACAGGGUAUGACUUUUUUCCUACUCUUUUGAGUGUCAAUGUAGGAAGAGGCAGGGUGCUGUUCAACAUUGUGCUCGUCCAGUGCCGAGAGCCUCAAGUAGGAAAACAACAAAGUGAGGUUUUCUAAACCUCAAAGUGAAGAGUGAGCUGUUUGUCUUUGUGUGCGUGCGUGGUGUGUUGGUCAUCUUGUCUCAUUGCUUUAGAGACCAGUGGAUCACCCCCCUUUUAUUCCAGUGAAGUUGUUUGUUCAGAUGGUGCAACCCAAAUUAAGUGUUUGUUCCUGACUUGAGUAAAGUUGUCAGUGUUAAUGGGUUCAGCGUUAACGUUCCUUGUCAAAUACCUUGUAUUCCUUGUCCUUUAGAGCUGUGCCAGUGUUACAAGACAAUUUGAUCUUACUGUGUCUCUAUUUUCAGUUGACAAAAGUUGAGCUUCAAUCCCCCAGUCAACUCUAAAGGGCUUAUUUGUAUACUGUGAAGGAUAACUUCUAGACUGGAGUCAUGUCUACAAUUUGAUCUAUUUCACCUAUUUUUAAAAGAGCUAUUUAACUGUAUACAAAACUGCCGAUUGAGUAGUAUUUCCUAAUGCGUAGGCAGAUAUCCUAUGUCAGUCAGGGCUGUAGCUACCACCCUGUCUCUCAACCCAAGCGUGGGUGAGUGCUCAGUGGUGACAAGGAGAGGCAGACUUGCUCUUUGGGUGUGACCAACAUUUUUACCACAGGAAAUGUGAUUUUCUUGUCUUUGAUCCGCGGUCCCACGCCACUCCAACCUCCUGCUGCUGGAACAGCAAUGCUCACUAUCUCUCAAUCUAGUCUCCAUGCAUGCCUGCCCAGAGCCUGUACCCCUUCCCCUGAACCCCCCCCUCCUCCUCCUCAAACACUCCUGCUGUGUCUCCUAAUCUCCCAGAACACCAUGGAAUUCAUAUUGGGGUCGGGGCUUUAGUUCGAGGGGAUACUGUAAACCUAGGCACCAUGCAGGGGUUAACUGAGGCCUGUGAGCGCAAUCAUUGUACUCAUUCCCAUAGCUCACGGACCCUUCAUGACAGGUUAUUUUGUGUCAUGUGGUGCUCUGAACACAGGGUGGCAGUGCAAGAACAGCAAACCAGAGGGGUCAGACAUUUUGGCUUUGUGUGUGUGUGAAUUUUGAUAACUACUUUCCUUGCUUCCCUGGGAGACUCAAAUGGAUAUUCCUUGAUGCCUCAACCCAUUGGAUGAGUUUUGAGAAGGAGAGUAUGCAAUUGAGAUGCUCCCUGUUGUCAGGGCUGUGCUCACACUGCUACUGUAAAACCUCAUGAAUGUUUUAAAUGGCGUCAUUUUUCAAUAAAUAAAUGGCAAGC